AUGAGUAUAAAGAACAAAAUUGACAUGAGCCUUGAUGAGCUCAUAGAGAAGGAAAACAUAAAAGUCAACCAGAAGGGGCCCAAUGAAAAGAAGACAGUUAACAAAUCAAUUGAAAAAAACACAGGGCAAAAAUACCUGCACAGUAUAAUCAUCUCAAAUGUGAGCAGCAACAACUUGGAACUCUACAGAAAAGAAUUCAGCAAGUUUGGGAAAAUUUAUAAUCUUUAUCAUGACAAUGAGAAGAGGGUCACAUACGUAAAGUAUGACAAUAAAAACUCCUGCGACAAUGCCAUAAAGUCCCUGAACGGUACCCCCCUGGAUGGGGAGACCUUAACGAUAGUGAUGGGAAAGAAAAUGCCAGACAAGAAGAACAACAAGGGUACCAACCAAAACAACCUCGUUAACAAUAACAAUAAUAGAAACAAUAAAAUAAUCCCUCCUUUUAAAAUGCCCAUGUAUAACCCCAACGGUCCAUACCCCUACUAUAUGAAUAAUAAUCACGGCAACCAGCACCCGCCCCCCUAUGGACACGUGCCCUAUCAGAGCCCCUACCAGGGUAACGUGUUUAACAAGGGCAUGCCCCCCUUUAGCGGCGGGGGGAAACACGUUUACGAUAAUCAAAAGAAUAACACCAUCAUAGUCACCAACGUCCCCACGUACCUAAACGCGGAAGACAUUUUUUCAGCCUUUCAAGAGACGGGCAAAAUUGUCGACGUGCAGAUCCUCAUGAAUGAGAAGAGAAAACUAACCGGGAUCGUUAGCAUCGAGUACGAAAAAAACGAGUCUGCCUCGGACGCAGUGCGCAUGUACGAUGGUGGAUUUCUGAACGACAACAGGAUUAGGGUCUUCCUGGACUGCCGCUAA